AUGUCGAACCUGAGCGAUACUGUCAACCCGGCCGUCGCCUUUGACGACCAAAUCUCGAAGCACCUCCCAGCAGUCACUGCUGGCUUGGUAUUCAUUGUCUUUGCGUGGUUGGCUCAAAGUUGGUUUAAGGUUGACCCGCUCGCCAACGUUCCCGUCGUCGGGGGACAGGGCGGAGCAUGGAAGCGGAGGAAGGAAUUCGCUCAGGGUAAGGGAGCGGAUUACUACAUUGAAGGUUACCGGAAGUUCAAGGACCGCGUUUUCCGUGUCACCACACUGAGGAAGCGUGACACCGUAUGCGUUCCCACGAAGUAUCUUCCCGACCUCAAGAAACUCCCAGACGAUGUUCUCAGCUUCACAAAGGCCAUUGAUGAGUCAAUGCAAGUCAAGUACACCAAGGUCGAGACCGAUACUCCCCUCAUCGUACACACAGUCAGAGCAUCAUUGACCCCAGCGCUUCCCCGCAUCAAUGAACUCGUCGCCGACGAAGUAGCUGAGUCGAUGCGCCUCGAGCUGCCACAAUCCCAAGAAUGGACCGAAGUAAACAUCAACUCAAAGCUCCUUCGCAUCGUAGCCAUGGCCUCCGGUCGCGUCUUCAUCGGUCCCGAACUCUGCAGAGACGAGAGAUACAUCGAUGCCUCCAUCAACUACACGGUCGACCUCAUGACCGCCGUCCACAUGGUCUCCUUCCUGCCCGGUCCGCUCCGCCCAUUCGUCGCUCCCUUCUUGCCUCCCCUCAAGAAGCUAAACCGCCGCAUUGCCGAGGCCGAGGCAGUCUUCCGCCCCAUCGUGGAGGCCCGCAGACAGGCCAAGGCGGAGAAGGGAGACGACUACCAGGAACCCGACGACAUGCUUCAAUGGAUGAUGAACGCCCCCGCCAAGUUCGGAGAGGUCGACAAUCGAACCAUGGCCCAGAACCAGCUGGGUAUCAGCUUUGCCGCCAUCCACACGACCUCGUUGACGACGACGAACGCUUUCUAUUGGCUUGCCGCUAAGCCUGAGCUGAUCCCGAUCCUGAGAGACGACGUUCAGCAGGCAUUGCUCGAGUCUGGAGGCCAAUUCUCGAGCCCGGCGCUGCAGAACAUGAAGAAGCUGGACAGUUUCCUCAGGGAGGUGCUUCGUUGCUCCCCGCUCUCCGCUGGUUCCUUCCAGCGCAAGGUCCUCAAGUCAUUCAAGCUCCCCGACGGUCAGAUCAUCCCCGAGGACGUAGUCAUCGAAGUACCCGCCGGCGGUAUGAACCUCGACGACGAGAUCUUCCCCAACGCCGCGGAGUUCGAUGCUCUUCGCUACUACAAGCUCCGCAUGGCCAAGGAGGAGGCCGAAUCCGGCGCAAAGGCGGCCGAGGUUGUCGCCCAGAGCCAGUUCGUCAGUGUCGGCGCGUCUCACCUCACCUUUGGCUACGGACGCCACGCCUGUCCCGGUCGCUUCUUUGCCGUCAACGAGAUCAAGAUGAUCAUGGCCAACAUCUUGUGCAACUACGAGAUUAAGCUGCCGGACGGCGUGACCGAGAGAUACGAGAACCUCAAGUUCGGCGCGAGUUCUAUGCCCGAUCCCAGCAAGACCGUCAUGAUCAGGAAAAUUUAG